AUGGCCCAGAAAGUCCAAGGCCACCAAGCGAGCUGGGAAAACAGCGACGCAAAGAUGGCUCCCAAAACGGCGCCGUUUGGCGCGGUAGCCCCGAAGAGCGAGAAGACCAUAUACUUCUUCUUUCCCGGUCGGUACGUCGCACCCAGCAGGGCCAGGCCAUUAGGAAGGAGCAUCGCAGGCCCGAUGCCUUGUAAGGGACCAGAUCGCGAACCAGAUCCACCCGGUGAUAUACAAGAUACGGUAUCCGAAAAUAUCGCCACAGCGGCCGAAGAAUAG